AUGCACUCUAACCGAAUACAGUAAUUUUGUGAGAAUUCGCACUCAUGCACAUGUACUUCUCUGAAAAUUGCCGUUCGGGGAUAAACAGUUACUCGGCAAGUGAUUCGAUAGAUAGAACAGUAUCGUAUAUUUAUAUGCUAGCUACUGGCUUCGACUUCUUUGUUUCAUUUCGCUUCCUUCUCUCAUCGUCAAGUACACAAAAAUGACUUCUAAAGACGGCUUUUCUUGGACCAAGGCGGACGGUCUGCGCCCUGGUGUCCCUUGCAUUGGUGUAAUCGAACCACCCACCAAUUACCAUGACACGAACAGCAAGUUUGAUGUAAUCGUUGUCGGUGCAGGAUACAGCGGGCUCACCGCAGCACGCGAUGCUAGUGUCGCAGGUAUGUGGCGGGGAUCUGACUAUGUACGACGUAGUCUAACCAUUAUUUAGGCCUCAAAGUCUUGCUCCUUGAAGCACGAGACCGCAUUGGUGGCCGCUCCUGGUCUUCUAAUAUUGAAGGAUACCCAUAUGAGAUGGGCGGCACAUGGGUAUACUGGGGCCAGGCUAUUGUGUGGCGCGAGAUUGCUCGCUACGGUAUGCAGGACGAACUCGAAAUUUCUUACGACUUCUCAAGAGGAAUUAAUAAGUUUUUACUUGCCUCCACGGAUAAGACGCAGAGUUUCACUCAUGAAGAAGAGGACGCUCUGAUUACCUCCGCCAUCUCCAAAUUUGUCAACGUUGAUGGUGAGCAUGGCCGCAAAGCAAUUCCAUUCCCACACAGCACCAAACUCAACGAGCUGGAGGAGAAGUACGACUGUAUGUCAGUGGCCGAUCGUCUAAAGGAAAUCGAGCAUGAUUUGACGCCGAAUGAGAGACUCUGCGUCGAAGGUUGGGUGCUGCUUUGCAGCGGAGCCACGCUAGAAACAACCAGCUUUUAUGAAUUUCUUCACUGGUGGGCGCUAAGUGGCUACAGCUAUGAGGGCUGCAUCAACCAUCUCGUCAGGUACAAGUUCCGCGGAGGCCAGUCAUCCUUCGCAAUCCGGUUCUUCAACGAGGCAUUGGCGUCUGGAAAUCUAACAUAUGUCUUCAACGAGCCUAUUUGUGCCAUUUCGGAUGAGGCAGGUAGCGGUGUUCAUGUGACGACGGAGAGUGGUAAGACGUUUGUUGCAGCGAAGAUGAUUAGUUGCAUGCCGUUGAACGUGUUGAACGACAUAACAUUUUCACCGCCCCUGCCCGAGGGAAAGCAACAAGCUGCAAAAAUCGGCCACGUCAAUCAAACAGUUAAAGUACACGCCGAAAUAAGCGACAGAGACCUCCGAUCGUUCACAGGCAUCAGCUAUCCGCACAAUGGACUCAUAUUUGGCUUCGGCGAUGGCGAGACACCUGUUGGAAACACUCAUGUCGUGGCGUUUGGUGGCAAGCACAAUCAUUUUCACCCCGAGGAUGACAUCAAUCACACUAUGGAGUGCUUCAAGCGGUUUGUUCCCAUGGACAUCAAGCGAGUGGUUAGUAUUGAGUGAAGGUUCCACCCAAUCUAGCUCCCCGACUCUAACCAUUGAAAAGGUCUUCCAUAACUGGUCGAGAGACAGGUUUGCAAAAGGAGCUUGGUUCUUCUCUGGUCCCAAGUUACUCUCUGAUCACUUGCAGGAUAUGCGAGGACGCCAUGGAAACAUCUUUUUCGCUUGCUCAGAUUGGGCCACAGGUUGGCGAAGCUUCAUAGAUGGAGCUAUUGAAGAAGGCACCAGAGCAGCUGUGGCGGUUCGGGCUGAUUUGGCGGGUUCGGAAAAAAUAUAGUUUCCGUCUAUUGAUUGUCUGAGACUAAAGGUUAAUCGGCUAAGUUGCAUCAAUUUGUAUGUAGUAUAACAUAACUAAAUUUUGCAAACAGCUUCGCAUUACAUUAUAAGGACGGGGCGUUGUCGUGUUACAACAUCUAUCCAGUGCUGGGAGCUGUCUGUCUCCCAGAUAUGCUUGAGUGUUUCUAGAGCAAUAGGAAUGCUUCCAAACCGAGUGCACUGAUAGAGAUCUUUCAAGCGACUGUAGAAGAACUCUCGAUGUACUGGUAGAACACUCUCCGCUGCAGCGACAAAGCAAGUCCAGACGAGCGCAUGCCGCCCUUCUGCCUCCGGUUCAAUGUUUGCCAGGAUUUGACGAAGGCUCUCCACUGAUGCUAUAGACACAUCGCAAGAGACAGUAUUUUGGACACGAUUGCGAUAUAUCUGGCAAGCUUGUCGAGUGGCAUCCUUUAUCCUGACGAUGGUAGGGUAGAUUUCUGACUCUUCGAUAAGUGGUGGAAUGGAUACCAUGAAAUCGAGGUAAUAUUCUGGAUGUUGGCGCAAUGUCUCCAAGCCUUUUGACCUACUAGACAAUGGAAACCCAAAGAACUCAAACCUGAAUAAAGACUUGUUAGCGCGGUG